GACAGCUCGGAGACAGGCGGGUGUACGGAUCCUCCGCCGGUUUUCUGUGUGCGGCGGGCAGUCCGGGGUGAUCGCCGCUCAUCGGUCUCCUCCUCCUCCCUGGGACGGUCGGGCUUCCUCUUGCCGGGACUUUGUGGGCGGACAGUGAGGAGGGAGGGACACUUCCUAUUCCAAUGCUCGCAAAGUUUCUUCUACAAAUCGGAACCGGCCCGGACGGCGAGGGAGCUCCGCCACUCUUCCCCGAGCGCUGUGAGGCCAGUUGUAUACUGCUAGAUGUGGGAAGAUGUUGUCCACAGAGAGAGGAGUUGUUGAGGAAUGGUUAUCGGAGUUUAAGACUCUACCCGAGGCGUCCAUUACAAGUUAUGCUGUCAGUUUGAAAGAGAAGACGUUUUUGGUAUCUGCAUUGUAUGAAGUGAUUCAAGAGCCUCAGAGCGAGUUGUUGGAGCCAGUCUGCCACCAGCUCUUUGAAUUCUACAGAAGCCAAGAAAAGCACCUGAGGACAUUCACGCUUCAGUUCCUGCCAGAGCUCAUAUGGUGCUACUUGUCUGUGUCCACCAGCAGACUCCUGCAGAGCAGUGGGUGCAUCGAAGCGCUGCUUCUGAGUAUCUACAAUUUGGAAAUUAUGGAUGAUCAGGGACACAGCAAGAUCUUGUCUUUUACUAUUCCAUCCUUGUCAAAGCCAUCUGUGUUUCACGAGCCAUCUAGUAUAGGAUCAAUGGCAUUAACGGAAGGAGCUCUAUCACAGCAUGGAUUAACCAGAGUUGUGUACAGUGGGCCUCAUCCCCAAAGAGAAAUGCUAACAGCUCAGAACAGAUUCGAAGUUCUGGCAUUUCUUCUACUUUGUUAUAAUGCUGCCUUACACUUCAUGCCAUCGCUUUCUCUCCGAUCCCUGUGUCAAAUGUCAUCAAGACUUUGCCUCAGUGGAUAUCCUCGCCAAAAUGCAAGAAAAUUCAAAGGCUUGAAGAACAGAAUACCGGUUUCCUCCGAGUUUAUGGUCCAGCUUCUUACUGGAAUCUACUACUCAUUCUAUAAUGGAGAAUGGGAUUCUGCGCGUAGGGCACUGGAUGAUGUUCUGUACAGGGCACAGCUGGAACUGUUCCCAGAGGCUCUUCUGGUUGCAAAUGCAAUAAAGGCUUCAUUACCCCAAGCUGCUAUUAAGGGAACUAAGGGAGGUACUAAAAGCAUACAGGUUGAAAUUGCUCCAACCUCCUCUAGGAUAUCUAGAAAUGCUGUCACCAGUAUGUCUAUAAGAGGCCACAGGUGGAAACGAAAUGACUCCGCAGAGUUGACCCUACCGGAUGAGUUAUCUGAAAUAGCCGAGGUGGAUGAAGGUUUCUGUUCCAGGGCAGCCUCGAGCUCAAGCCAAUCGGCCAUGUCUCACAGCAGCAGCGGUAGCUUCAGUAGGCCGCCUUUGGGUAAAACCCAGAGGAGAUCUCUCGGAUCCAGGGCCGGGGGUAAAGAAAGGGAAUCCACAGGGGAUCCUUCCCGUGAGCAUCUCAACAGGAAGCAGAACCAGAGAGCUAUGAGUGAGAAUUUAGAGCUAGUAUCUCUAAAAAGGCUGACUUUGACAACUAGCCAGUCGCUUCCUAAACCUGGCAGCUAUAGUCUGGCACGGACUGCAACAGCUAUGUUCAGUAAAUCCUUCGAACAGAUGAGUGGAGGAGCUCCUAUACACAAUGUCUCAGGUGUCAACAUUGCUGGUGCAAGCACUAAUGUCCAAACAAAUAGAUUUAGUGCAUGCAGCCUACAAGAAGAGAAACUGGUGUACAUUUCUGAAAGGACUGAGCUUGUCCUGCCUGGCAAAAGCCACCAGAGAUCCCCGAGUAUCUGCAUUACUCUGUCUACUGACUAGACCUACAGAAGAAGCGCCAUAAAAUAGGAAAGCCAAACGAGCUGUUCCCUAUUACCCCCAAAUUUGAAUCAAAACACAAUGGAGCAGCUUUGUAGAAGUGACUGACUUGUAGUUUACCAAAGUUUUUACGUGAUAUCUUAAUUGAAGCGUUAAGCAAUUUAUAUAAAUUGGAUAAAUAACCAGUCAUAACUUUUUAGCAUUUUUUGGAUAUGUCGAGGGUGCAUCCUUGAACACCCACCAAACUUUGUGUUACUUAGAUGUAUUUAUGGUUUUAUUUGCCCUUCAAGUAUAAAGUAUUGUUUCUUGUCUAGAGAACAUAUGUUUAUUAUGUCAACUUUAAGCUAUGGAAAAAAAUAAAUGCAGCUGGUUAGGCACAAGGGUGAUAUGUGUGACAUCACUGGUUUGCUGUUGAGCAGCUUUUUCAAAUAACAAUCUCUACUAUGUUCCUGUGGGUUGAUGGUCAUUUCUUUCAGUGUGAAUGCAGUUGUCCUGGAAUGGCCUGCACAAUGGUCUUUCACCAGCAGAUGGCAAUGCGGUGUACCAUGCACAAGUGUUUUCUAGUUUUUGUCUAGGGAAAAAUAGCGUGUUGGUGGAAUGGCUUUGUGAAUUACUGUAAUUUUCUACCUGAAAAUGUCUGUAAAAUGUUGGUUGUUUUUAUUUUCUAACAUUUAGAAAACGAUAUUGAUGCUUUUGAAGAUCUUGAAAUGGUAAUGUUAAAACAUUUUGCCUUUUAUGGCCAUUUUAUUGUCUUUAUGGGAACUGCCUAAAAGCUAUGAUGUAGCUGUUUUUUUACCAAGUCUCAGUCAUUUCAAGUACAGUUAAGGUAAGAGAUGAUGAAAAUAUCAACAGACAUUAAAACCCCAGAGGGAGGUGGAGCACUGAAUCUGGGUAUUGGUAAGUAUCCCAAUAAGAUGUGACAUCAAGUUUUGAGGUAGCUUCCAAGUGCAUAAAGAACCUUGACUCUGCACCAAGAUAUUGUCCAUCCACAUAAAGAUUAUUAUAUUCAAAAAUAAGUGCAACACGAUCAUAAAUGGAAUAAAAUUAAAACACGCACUUCUUAACAUGUGAUGACGUACGAUUCACAACAAUCUUAAAUUUAUAUAUAACACACACACACAUAUCGUUAAAAGUUAAAAUGCAUGAGUAACAAUGUGCAAGUCAAUGAUCUGCAUUAAUGUGGCCAAAAUCGUGAUAAAUAAACCUAAAACAUCUGUGCUAUGUA